CAUUUCUGUAUGACUGACUAAUUAUAUUUAAAGUGGGAAGAAUGUUUCAGACAACGCUCUCCACGUUUUUGAAGAAACGUCGUCAGCAACCUGAAUUGACCUGUGCUCAUCCUCAAAAGGAAAUGAAGUUCACAGAGGUGACGGUGUACCUGGUGGAGAGAAGAAUGGGAAAAAGUAGAAGAAACUUUCUGACAAGUUUGGCCAGGUCAAAGGGCUUUUGUGUGGACAACACCUUAAGUGGUAAAGUGACACAUAUUGUAGCAGAGAACAAUCCUGCCAGUGAGCUCUGGUCAUGGCUACAGGAACAGAAUGUUGCAGACCUGGGUAAAAUCAAUGUCCUGGACAUUGCCUGGCUUACACAGAGUAUGAAAGCUGGCAGGCCCAUUCCAGUGGAGGCACAACAUCGCAUACAAAAGCCAUCUGUGCAGCUGAAGCCAGUAGCAGGUCCACCAGACAGUCCUCGGCUUACUGUGUCUCAGUACGCAUGCCAAAGACGGACUACGCUGUACAAUCAUAACAAGAAUCUUACUGAUGCUCUGGAAGUGCUGGCUGAGAACUACGAGUUCAUUGAGAGUGUAGGUCCGUGCCUGGGCUUCCGAAGAGCUGCAUCCGUGCUGAAGAGUCUUCCUGCACCACUUCGCAGCAUCAACGAUGUUGAAGGAGUUCCCUGCCUAGGAUCGGAAACCAUGGCUGUUAUACAGGAUAUCUUUGAAUGUGGAUCUUCCUCAAAAGUUGAAGAAGUAUUAACAGAUGAAAAAUAUCAAACUUUGAAGAUUUUCACCAGUGUGUUUGGAGUUGGACCCAAGACAGCAGAGAAGUGGUAUCGCAGAGGCCUGCGUAGCCUGGAGCAGAUCAUCUCUGAUUCCAGCAUCCACUUAAACAGGAUGCAAAUAGCAGGAUUCAAGUAUUAUGAGGACAUCUCAAAGCCAGUAAGCAAAGCGGAGGCUGAGGCGGUGGGCCAGAUUAUAGAGGAGAUCGCCGGCUGUUUCUGUCCGGAUGUCACCAUCACUGUGACUGGGGGCUUCCGCAGGGGGAAAGAAUUCGGGCAUGAUGUCGAUUUUCUCCUCACUGUACCUGGGCCUGGUAAAGAGGUCGGACUUUUGCCUGCUAUGAUUGACCAACUUAGAAGUCAGGGUAUUCUUCUAUACUCAGACUUCCAGGAGUCAACCUUUGAAUUUAGCAGAUUGCCAUGUCAGCGGUUUGAAGCCAUGGACCAUUUCCAGAAGUGCUUUCUUAUCGUAAAGUUGAAGAAAGAGCAGGUGGUUGGUCAGCAGGCAGAGCAGAGAUGUGGGAAGGACUGGAAGGCAGUGCGGGUGGAUCUGGUGGCACCUCCGGCCGAGUGCUAUGCCUUUGCCCUGCUGGGCUGGAGUGGCUCUACGCAAUUUGAAAGAGAUUUGAGGAGAUAUGCCCGGCUGGAGAGAAACAUGCUACUGGACAACCAUGCCCUCUUUGACAAAACUACGAAUACCUUCCUGCAGGCUAAGACAGAAGAGGACAUCUUCACCCAUUUGGGAUUGGACUAUAUUGAGCCUUGGCAGAGGAAUGCUUAGACCUCGCCCUAUUCAUCAAAUGUGCACAUUCCUGCAGCUAAUCUCCCCUCAUAGCACACUGCUAGACUGCACAGAUUCAAUGUCAUCAAUGAUUUAUUUCACAUAAAACCAAAAUGGUAAUGCUUUCCCCCCCUCUUAAUACAUGUGCUACAAUUUGAUGAAAUAUAUGGGCAUAUGUUUCAUGU